AUGUCAUCGCCGGUUGCCAAGGCCGCGCGCCGUGUCACGCGCGAGCUCCACGGGGUCGUCGUUUCUGCCGGUCUCAUGCAAAAGACUGUCAAGGUCCGAGUCGGUGGCCAAAAGUGGAAUAAAGUCGUCAAUAAGUGGUUCGCCGAUCCCAAACACUACCUCGUUCACGAUCCAAACUCCUCUUUGAGAACGGGAGAUGUCAUCUCCAUCGUCCCUGGCUGGCCCACCUCACAACAUAAGCGCCACGUCGUCAAGCACAUCAUCGCCCCGUAUGGUGUCCCGAUCGAGGAGCGGCCGCCAGUGCCGACAUUGGAGGAAAGGAUAACUGAGCGGGAAACCAAGAAAGCCGCAAAGGACCAGCGUAAGGCCGUCAGGAGGACCGAGGACGAUGAGAAGGCCGGCAAAGGGGUGAGGAAAGAGGCAGAGUCGACGAGAGAACGGCUGCAAACAACCGAAAACUCGUCGAGUGAAGUGGAUUAA